AUGUCAAACAGCUUUUUUGUCUUCCUCCCUAGUAAUAUUCCCGAUUAUCCUGAUAAUCGUCCAAAUAAAUUUAGAGUUCAUUUACCUAAACCACUCUAUUUUUCUGGCAACUGGGUGUGUGGAUUACAUAGUAUAAAUUAUCCAUAUUCAUGGGCAGCAACUAUUGGUACACUAGAUGAUCAAUGGAUCGAUAUACAUUUUAAAGAUAAUUUGGGAAUGGGCAGAGUCUUACGAGUUCCAGUUCCAAAGGCUUCUCAUACUUCAGUUGAGAAAUUACACGAGUUUUUAAUUUCCACGCUUCAACAUCAAAGUGAGACUUAUGGAGCUUCGCCUUUGGAAAAACCUGAAGAUUUAACAAAUUAG